UCUCGAGCUUCCUUCCCCCCCACCCUCCUCUGCUUCUUGCAACCAAGUAGCGCCUGUGCAGACGAGCGAAAUGGCCGUGGAGACCGUUCUGCCCGCUACGAGCGCAGACGCGGCAAAGCUCGGGCCGGCAGCCAACGAUAAUGACUCUGAGAAGCUGAGGUUCAUCGAGGAGAUGACCGCGAACGCCGACGCGGUGCAGGAGACGGUGCUGGCGGAGAUCCUGAUGCGCAACGCCGAGACCGAGUACCUCCAGAGGUACCUUCUCGGCGGCGCCGCCGACCGUGUCACCUUCAAGGCCAAGGUUCCCGUAGUCACCUACGAGGACUUGCAGCCGGAGAUCCAGAGGAUCGCUAAUGGCGAUCGCUCCGCUAUCCUCUCCGCUCAUCCCAUCUCUGAGUUCCUCACCAGCUCCGGGACGUCCGCUGGCGAGAGGAAGCUGAUGCCCACCAUCAAAGAAGAGCUGGAUCGCCGGCAGCUCCUUUACAGCCUUCUCAUGCCUGUGAUGAACCUCUACGUGCCGGGGCUCAACAAGGGGAAGGGACUCUAUUUCCUCUUCGUGAAAUCGGAGACCAAGACCCCCGGCGGGCUGACGGCGCGGCCGGUGUUGACGAGCUACUACAAGAGCGAGCACUUCAAGAGCCGACCGUACGACCCAUACAACGUGUACACCAGUCCGACGGCCGCCAUCCUCUGUGCCGACGCGUUCCAGAGCAUGUACGUGCAGAUGCUCUGCGGCCUCCUCCAGCGUCUCGACGUCCUCCGAGUGGGCGCCGUCUUCGCCUCCGGCCUCCUCCGCGCUAUCCGCUUCCUACAGCUCAACUGGCAGGAGCUCUCGCAGGACAUCGCCACCGGGACUCUCACUGUCAAGGUUACCGACCCGUCCGUCCGCGACUCAGUCGCGGAGCUCCUCAAGCCGGACCCUGAGCUCGCCCGGUUCAUCGUCGCCGAGUGCUCCAAGGGGGAGUGGUCCGGGAUCGUCACCCGGAUCUGGCCCAACACCAAGUACCUUGACGUGAUCGUGACGGGCGCCAUGGCGCAGUACAUCCCCACCCUGGAGUACUACAGCGGGGGCCUCCCCAUGGCGUGCACCAUGUACGCGUCGUCCGAAUGCUACUUCGGCCUCAACCUCAAGCCCAUCUGCGACCCCUCCGAGGUCUCCUACACCAUCAUGCCCAACAUGGCCUACUUCGAGUUCCUGCCGCACGGAGGCGACGGCCUCUCGGUGGGGGACAAGGCACAGCUGGUGGACCUGGCGGACGUGGAGGUGGGGAAGGAGUACGAGCUGGUGAUCACCACCUACGCCGGGCUGAACCGGUACCGCGUGGGGGACAUCCUGCGUGUGACAGGCUUCUACAACGCGGCGCCGCAGUUCCGGUUCGUCCGCCGGAAGAACGUGCUGCUGAGCAUCGAGUCCGACAAGACCGACGAGGCGGAGCUACAGCGGGCGGUGGAGAGCGCGUCGGCGCUGCUGCGGCCGUACCGAGCGAACGUGGUCGAGUACACGAGCCACGCGUACACGAAGGCAAUCCCGGGGCACUACGUCAUAUACUGGGAGCUGCUGGUCAAGGACUCGUCGUCUCCGGCCGCGGCGGAGGCGGCCAUGGAGGCGCUGGUGCGGGAUGGGGUGUUGAAGCGGUGCUGCCUGGCGAUGGAGGAGGCGCUGAACUCGGUGUACCGGCAGAGCCGGGUGGCGGACGGCUCGAUCGGGCCGCUGGAAAUACGGGUUGUGCGGGGCGGCACAUUCGAGGAGUUGAUGGACUACGCCAUAUCCCGGGGGGCGUCCAUCAACCAGUACAAGGUACCUCGCUGCGUCAGCUUCCCGCCCAUCCUCGAGCUGCUCGACUCGCGCGUCGUCUCCGCCCACUUCAGCCCCGCCCCGCCCAAGUGGUCCCCGCACCGCUCCGACUGAAACUGGUGGGGCCAAACCGACCGACCAACCUUCCAAGUCAAAUCUCUGGUCAACGAACGUGCGUGUCGGGAAAGGAAGGAGAAGUCCGUUUCCUAAGGAAGAAAAAAGAAAUAGAAAAGAACAUAAAGAAAUCGAAGUUUGACCGUCUCGUAGUUUUGCUCUGCUAAUUUUAUAUAGAGUCAUGUUUUACGUGUUUAGAAUACUUAAUGCGAUGGUGUUUAAGUCUUUCUCGAA